AGAUUUGUUAGUAACUUACCUUUGGGAACUUGAAGAAGUCGAGAGAUGCAGACAGUGAGACAGAUCCUCUGUUUCAGAUGUUCAUGUUCAUAAGCAACAAAACAACAGAGCCAGAGAAAGCCCAAAUUAGAUACAUAUCGUCCUUAUUGGGCUUAUCGUAAAGCCCAUUAAUAAAUACUCUCUUCUCUUUCUUCGCCUGUCCCGUCCUCUCUCUGUCCGGCUCCGUCGGCAAUGGCAGAUUCGACGAGAAACCUGACUGGCCUCGGAGGAGAAGCAUCAAAACACGAAGAAGAAGAGGAAGAGAACGAUGAUUACAUGGGAGACCUAUCUCAGUUCAUUCCACCUGAGCUUACCCAGAAAUCCAAAAGAAAGGAAUCUGAAAAGAAAACUGUAGCCGUUGAACCAUCUCGUAAGAAGCUAAAGAAUCUCCCUUGGCACGAACGGCGAAGAUUGGAGAAAGAGAGGAAGCAAAUAGAAGAAGAUGCACAGACAUUGGCUCGUAUCGAAGACACUCCCAUUGGAGAGUCUAACGUUGGGUUUAAGCUGUUGAAGCAAAUGGGUUACAAGCCAGGCUCUGCUCUUGGUAAACAAGGGUCAGGUAGAGCUGAACCAGUGACCAUGGAUAUUCGAAGGUCCAGGGCCGGUGUGGGGAGAGAGGAUCCACAUAAGGAGAAGAAGAAGAGAGAAGAGGUUGAGGCGGAGAACGAGAAGAGAAAAGUUGAGGAAAUGUUGGAGGAUUUUGGGGAUAGGCAGAAGUCUCAGUGGCGUAAUAAAAGAGUUGUGAUUAACUUUAAGAAGGCUAAGGCGGCUCUUGAUCAGCUUGAGAAUGUUGAAGUUGUUGUUCCGGAGAAGAAAAAGGAGGAAGAUGAAGAUGGUAAGGUUGGUGAAGAAGAGGAAGAAGAAGAGGAGGUGAUCACUGAAGAGGAUUUGGAGGAGAUAUUAAUGAGACUGAGGGAUGAACAUCGGUAUUGCCCUUUUUGCGGGUUCCAGUAUGAAACGAGUGAAGCUCUUCUUUCCAAUUGCCCUGGCGUUAAUGAGGAUGAUCACUAGAUAAGUCACAUGUCGGCAUAAGCUUUGAAUCAGGUUGAAAAUUCACUCGUUAUGUGGCUGCAGAGGAAGCAAGAAUCAGAAGAAAAACACUGUUUUACAGUUGCAUAAGCAGGUUGGUGAAGAGAUGCACUCUAAAGGAAUUGCUAAUCGCCAUAUUACUCAUAUGCUUUCAUAGAUAGUAGGGUGAUAAAAAGGAUGUGGAACUCUGAUUUGAUUAACAAUAUAUGUUAGUGAUGAUGCUGCUGAUGUUUUAAUGUGAUUCUUAAGCUAAGUAAAAA